UUUACAGCGUGGCAACAGGGUCGAACUCCAGGUGAAACACAGCAUUGACCUGACGAAGCUCCACUUCAAAUAUAUGACAUAUCAGAGACAACCCAGGAGACAGUUUGUUCCUGUUCAGGUGUGGGCGAGAGGAGACGCAGAAACAGACAGAUGACUAAAUGGCUUCCAGAUCAGAGGAUGAUCUAUGCUGUCCGAUCUGUCAGGACGUCUUCAUGGAUCCUGUUCUUCUGUCAUGUAGCCACAGCUUCUGUAGAGACUGUCUGAAGACCUGGUGGAGACAGAAAUCAACAACACAUGACUGUCCGGUUUGUAAGAGAAGAUCUUCAAGAGUAGAGCCACCUUCUAACCUGGUUUUGAAGAAUCUGUGUGAGUCGUUCCGGCAGCAGAGAGCUCAGAGAUCUUCAGAGUCUCUCUGCAGUUUGCACCCGGAGAAACUAAAAUUCUUCUGUCUGGAUCAUCAGCAGCCAGUGUGUCUCGUCUGCAGAGAUCCAAAAAAACACUCCAACCACAGAUUCAGACCCAUCGAUGAAGCUGCACAAGAACACAGGAAGGAACUUCAGGAAACUCUGGAGCCCUUAAAGGAGAAGCUGAAGGUUUCUGAACGAGUUAAAGUGAAGUUUGAUCAAACAGCAGAACACAUUAAGGUCCAGGCCCAGCACACAGAGAGGCAGAUUAAGGAGCAGUUUCAGAAGCUUCACCAGUUUCUAAUGAAGGAAGAAGAGGCCAGGAUGGCUGCACUGAGGGAGGAAGAGGAGCAGAAGACUGGGAUCUUGAAGGAGAAGAUGGAGGCUCUGAGCAGAGAGAUAGCAGAUCUUUCAGACACAGUCAGAGCCACAGAGGAGCAGCUGAGAGCUGACGACGUCUCAUUCCUGCUCAACUACAAGGCUGCAGUGGAAAGAGUCCAGCACUGCCUCCUGCUGGAUCCACAGCUGCUCUCAGGAGCUCUCAUAGACCAGGCCAAACAUCUGGGCAACCUGAGCUUCGACAUCUGGAACAACAUGAAGGACAUGAUCUCCUACACUCCUUUCAUUCUGGACCCAAACACUGCAAAUCCAGAACUCAUCCUGUCUGAAGAUCUGACCGGUGUGAGACGAGGAGAUAAACAGCAGCUUCCUGAUAAUCCAGAGAGGGUUGAUCAUCACUUCACUGUUCUGAGCUCUGAAGGCUUCAACUCAGGGACUCACAGCUGGAUUGUUGAGGUUGGAGACAGUAAACAUUGGACACAGGGUGUGUUUGAAGAGUCUGUCCAGAGGAAGGGAACCAUACAGUCUGGAUUUUGGGGAAUAGCGUUCUAUAAAGAUAAAUACUUUGCAGAAUCACCACCAGCUCCCCUCAUUGAUCUCUCAGUGCAGAAGAAGCUCCAGAGGAUGAGGGUGAAUCUGGACUGUAGCAGAGGAACGCUGUCGUUCUCUGAUCCUGAUACUAAAACACACAUAUACACCUUCAAACACACUUUCACUCAGAGGAUGUUUCCAUUCAUUUACACAACAGAUAAACUCAGGGUUUUACCAGAGAAGGUCUCUGUGACGGUGGAACAGAUCAGUUAGAGAUCAACAGGAUCAAUAUAUUCAUAACGUCUCUUUGUUGCUGUUAUUUCUGUUGGUUGUUUUUUCUGAAUUGUGUAUUUGGCUUUUUACAUUAAUCUAUAGAAACAGGUGAUUCAAGUUUAAUUACAUUUCUGACAAGUUCUUCAUGUUUAAAUUCAGUUUUAUUGAAAAUAUUGAUUCAGUUGAAGUGUUUUCUGUUUAAGGUGGACGUCUGAGGUUUAAGGUUGACGUCUGAGUUUUAAGGUGGACGUCUGGUUUUUUGUUCAGGUUUUAUGCAGGUUUUCUACGUAGUGUAAAUUCAAUUUUGUAUUCUCUCAAUGUAUGUGUGUGUGUGUGUGUGUGUGUGUGUAUAUAAAAUCUCCUGUUAUAGUUGCCUUGUUCACCGCCCACCAGUAGGGGCUUUGUCUUCCGUGUCAUCCAGUAGUAGUUCCGGAAACCCUCUUUGUAGUUCCUGCUUGUAUAUUUUGCUAUUCUGUAAAUUCCUUUUUUGAUGC